CUUUCUAUCUCUCUCUGUCUCUCUGUGUCCUUUUUCAGGGUUUUCAAAAAAGCAAGUCCCAAUGGAAAGCUCACAGUGUACCUGGGGAAGAGGGACUUUGUGGACCACGUUGACCUGGUGGAACCCGUAGACGGCGUGGUGUUGAUAGAUCCGGAGUACCUGAAAGAGAGAAAAGUGUUUGUGACGUUGACAUGCGCCUUCCGCUAUGGACGUGAGGACUUGGAUGUUCUGGGCUUGACGUUUCGAAAGGACCUCUUCGUGGCCAACAUUCAGGCCUUCCCUCCAGUGCCCGAAGACAAAAAGAGGUUAACUCGCCUUCAAGAACGCCUGAUCAAAAAGCUUGGGGAACACGCUCACCCUUUCACCUUCGAGAUUCCACUGAAUUUACCGUGCUCAGUUACCCUGCAGCCUGGACCAGAGGACACAGGGAAGGCCUGCGGGGUUGACUUUGAAGUCAAAGCAUUCUGCUCAGAGAACGUCCAAGACAAAAUACAUAAAAGGAACUCAGUGCGCCUGGUGAUCCGUAAGGUCCAGUACGCCCCAGAGAAGCCCGGCCCCCAGCCCAUGGCUGAGACCACCAGACAGUUCCUGAUGUCUGACAAGCCACUGCACCUUGAGGCCUCACUGGAUAAAGAGAUCUACUACCACGGGGAGCCUAUCAGUGUCAACGUUCACGUCACAAACAACACCAACAAGACGGUGAAGAAGAUGAAGAUUUCAGUGCGUCAGUAUGCUGACAUCUGUCUAUUCAACACAGCACAAUACAGAUGCCCGGUCGCAACAGAGGAGACAGAUGACGUGGUGGCUCCGAGUUCAACGUUUUGUAAAGUCUACACCCUCACCCCUUUCCUCAACAACAACCGAGAGAAACGUGGUCUGGCAUUGGACGGGAAACUGAAGCACGAGGACACAAACCUGGCUUCUAGUACAUUGUUAAGAGAGGGAGCCAACAAGGAGAUCCUGGGUAUCAUCGUAUCCUACAAAGUCAAAGUGAAGCUUGUUGUGUCUCGAGGCGGACUCUUAGGAGAUCUGGCAACGAGCGAUGUCCAUGUUGAGCUGCCAUUUACGUUAAUGCAUCCCAAACCAAUCGAAGAUGCAAUCUACAGAGAUGCUGCAGACGAGGCGCCAAUAGACACAAACUUGAUAGAAUUUGACACAAACGACGAUGACAUCAUCUUUGAGGAUUUUGCGCGUCAGCGGCUGAUCGGAGCGAAAGACGACGAGGAUGAGGAGGGCGCAGACUCUCCCAAGCUGAACCACAGAUAGAGGAGGGAGAUGGAAGCUGCUGUGUUGUUCCUGUUUUGUGGUACAGAGGAGCUACUGUGACUGGAGGAGAGAGGGAGACCCUUUAGAGUCCAGGGAGACCCUUUUAAACACACUCACAGUGGUGCCGUUGUCCUGUUCUUGUUCACAUUCGUCUUCUCCAUACAGCAAGGAUGUUAGAGAGUUUAGAGGAAAUGAGGCCUAGUCGUGGUGUGGUUUGAGGGGGGUGGACCUUGAGUUCUAGUCGUGGUGUGGUUUGAGGGGAGUGGACCUUGAGGUCUAGUCGUGGUGUGGUUUGAGGGGGGUGGACCUUGAGUUCUAGUCGUGGUGUGGUUUGAGGGGGGUGGACCUUGAGUUCUAGUCGU